AUGAGCAAACAAAAACCAAUAACAACUGUUAUCAGUGGUGCAGCAGCGAUGCUGAGCACCACCACUAUGACCAACGCGAACAAUCGUACUGCUGUUAUGUUGUCUCGACCUAUGCGUCGGGUUCUUCAAAAUUUCCGGCUUCUAUGGCUUGAUGCCAAUUUGGAUGAAUCCAAGGACGAUUUCAAGAAAUCGUUUCGACGUUUGCGACGUGUUGUAGCAAGCAUCGAAACAUUUACAGAUGCUCAAGAAUGCAUUGAUUUUCUCAGUGCCAUUACAAAUGAAAAGGUUUUUAUGAUUGUAUCAGGCUCAUGUGGACAAAAAAUAGUAACAGAUAUUGAAUUCAUGCCACAAUUAGAAUCUGUGUAUGUUUUUUGUCGCAAUCAAUCUCAUCAUGAGCAAUGGGCCAAUAAAGUACCAAAGAUUAAAGGCGUAUACACAAAAAUCAAACCGAUCUGUAAGGCCUUGCAAAUUGACGGUGAAAAUUGUGAUCGAUCUAUGAUCUCGAUCAGUUAUAAUGGCAUUGAUGCUUUAUUUAUGUAUACACAAUUAUUAAAAGAAGCACUUUUAGAAAUCGAAGGUGACGAUACAAAAUCUGUUAAAGAACUUGCCGAAUACUGUUGUCUUCAAAAUGAUAUUGAUGAAGGUGAAAUUAGGAAGAUCGAUAAAGAAUACCGUGACCACACACCAAUAUGGUGGUAUACGGCACCAUUUUUUAUAUACUCGAUGCUCAAUCGAGGCCUUCGCCUCAUGGAUAUCGACAUCAUUUUAAAAAUGGGCUUUUUUAUUCGAGAUCUACACAAUCAUAUUGCACAAUUACAUCAAGAACAACAAGACAAGGUGCCAAAAAAAUGUCAGGUCUUUCGUGGACAAGGUUUGUCCAUGGAAGACUUUGACAAAAUGAAAAAAACCAAAGGAGGACUUAUGUCCUUCAACAAUUUCCUGUCGACAAGUGAGAAGCGUCAAGUGUCCCUUAUAUUUGCUCGAGACGCAGCAGCAAAGAAUUCCAAUAUGGUUGGUAUUCUCUUUAUAAUGAUCAUCGACCCCGUCGUAUGUUCAAAAUCAUCAAUUCCCUAUGCUGAUGUCAGCAAAGAAGGGUACUUCAAAGGUGAUGAAGCAGAAAUACUCUUUACAACACAUACGAUUUUUCGCAUUGAUCGCAUUGAACAAAUUCACGAUAAUCAAUGUGAUCGGCUAUACGAAGUUAAUCUCACUAUUGUGGGUAAUGACAAUCAUGAAUUGAACACCCUAACAGCACACAUACGUAAGAACCUUGGUGAACGCACAGGAUGGUCUCGACUUGGGUACAUACUUAUUAAAUUGGGUGAGCCUGCAAAAGCCGAACAACUCUAUCAAAUUCUCCUUUCAAAGGCGUCUUCUGAUCAAGGUCGAGCGGAAUACAAUCAUCAACUUGGCUGGGUGUAUUAUAACAUGGGAGAGUAUUCAAAAGCACAUUUAUAUUACGAAAAAUCACUGGAUAUCUACAAGAAAAUUCUCCCUCCGAAUCAUCCCGACUUGGCUACUUCCUACAACAACAUCGGUAAUGUGUAUAGAAACAUCGGCGAGUACUCAAAAGCACUUUCAUCGCACGAACGAUCACUUGAAAUCCGUAAAAUAGCUCUCCCUCCGAAUCAUCCCGACUUGGCUGCUUCCUACAACAACAUCGGUAUGAUGUAUUACGACAUGGGCGAGUACUCGAAAUCACUUUCAUCGCACGAACAAGCACUUGAAAUCUGGAAAAUAGCUCUCCCUCCGAAUCAUCCCGACUUGGCUGGUUCCUACCUCAACAUCGGUUCAGUGUAUUAUAGCAUGGGCGAGUACUCGAAAGCACUUUCAUCGUAUGAACGAUCGCUUGAAAUCAAGAAAAUAGCUCUCCCUCCGAAUCAUCCCGACUUGGCUUCUUCCUACAACAACAUCGGUAUAGUGUAUAAAAACAUGGGCGAGUACUCGAAAGCACUUUCAUCAUACGAACGAUCACUUGAAAUCAAGAAAAUAGCUCUCCCUCCGAAUCAUCCUAACUUGGCUUCUUCCUACAACAACAUUGGGUUGGUGUAUAAUAACAUGGGCGAGCACUCGAAAGCACUUUCACAUUACGAAAAGGCACUUGAUAUCGACCAGAGAGCUCUUCCACCAAAUCAUCCCGACUUGGCUUCUGACUACAACAACAUUGGUUUGGUACAUGAAAACAUGGGCGAAUACUCGAAAGCACUUUCAUCGUACGAACGAUCACUUGAAAUCCAGAAAAUAGCUCUUCCUCCGAAUCAUCCCGGUUUGACUAACACUUACAACAACAUCGGUUCUGUGUAUAAUAACAUGGGCGAGUACUCGAAAGCACUUUUAUCGUAUGAACGAUCACUUGAAAUCAUGAAAAUAGCUCUCCCUCCGAAUCAUCCCAACUUCGCUAUGUCGUACGGUAACAUCGGUAUGCUGUAUGACAAGAUGGGAGAAUAUUCAAAAGCACUUUUAUUCCUUGAACGAACACGCGAUAUCUUCAAAAAGGUUCUCCCUCCAACACAUCCUAAUGUUGCGAAAUCCGAAAUAGAUGUUGAAAAUGUAAAAAAGAAAAUGCAAUUGUUGUUUCCUUUUUAAACAAGAAAAUAAAAUGGCCUUCUUAAACAAGCCUCGCCGAAGCGCAGCAGCUGCAAAAAUUUCGCGCACUCGCGGCCAGAGAUACCCUCCGUAUUCUGCUGGCUCGUACAGUGGACGAAGCCGACAAUGGUUAGGCAAAGAUACAUUGAUGUAUAUAUGACUAGUACAACCAUGAUCAUCAUCUUCGAAAAGACGAUGACGAAAUGGACGCUUCUAUUCAUACAUACAUUGAUGUAUGCUAUGAAGGCCUACCAUCUGCACGGAUCACCAACAGAACGUCGGAUAUGCCUGGGAAGAUUCAUUUGUUGGGGUGUGGGUGUGGGGUGUGGGUGUGGGUGUG